AUGGACGAUGUCUUUCAACAUUGGAAGCAGUUGACAGAAGGAGAAAGAAAUAUUCUUGUAGUGGUCAAAGUCGGCAACGAGUUAGAAGAUGAUUAUUUAAUGGAACUGUGUUUACGUCAAUUGUCGUUGAAACAGCGUAACAGAAUCCUAGCGAGAAAGAAUAGACAUGAUCAGAGGAUGGCCUUACUAGGAGGCUUGUUGCUAAGAACAAUUCUGUCCUUAAACUAUGAGAUGGACACCCUGUUUGAACCUGAGAUAACUGUGGCACCGUGUGGCAAGCCAUCUAUAAAACAAUUGGAAUAUAAUAUGGCAGACGAUGAAUCUGUAGUAGGAAUUGUCUUUCGAAGAAAAGAUGCACAAAAACUGGGAAGUGAGUCUGAAAAACCUUCGAUUAAGCAAUUAGGAAUCGAUUUGGCUGAUAUACAAACAAUCAAACAGUUUCAAGAGGACCCAAUACAGCUUUUACGAUCCUUUUCUGAUAUUUUUCACCCAGACGAAACGAACUUUCUUGAACGUGAACUUCCUCGACACACAGAAGAUAGACAAUUUGAAAUUCUAACACAGUAUUGGGCUCUAAAAGAGAGCUGCUCUAAGUAUCACGGGAUAGGAUUGCAUCAACCACUAGAUCAAUGGGUUUACAGGAAUAUUUCGGUGUUGCAUAGCGAUAAAAUCCUAAACGAAGAAGAAAGAGCUGGUCUAUCCAGAGAUUAUCUUCGCAAACUAGACCUUGAUUGGAAUUAUUAUCAAGGAACAGAACCGGCUUAUGUAUGCAAGCUAACCUCCAGAAUUAUCUCUAGUGUCAUUGCAGAUACCAAACCGAUUGUUGUACAAAUGAGUGAAAAACUAAUCAUUGACUAUGCUAAGAGAAACAGCAUUUAG